ACCGGCAACACGAACACGAUCAUUUUAGCCAACCGCCAGAGCUCAGCGCCAGCGCGGGCACGGCUGAGUGAGGCAGCGGAGCGGCGUGGCUGCGAUGGCGAAUCCGCCGAUAACUCGGAAGAGGGUCCACGCCAUUGCCAGUGGCAUUCGUCGUGGGCCUAAUGGAAGCGCCUUUGAGAAAUGCCAUGGUUGUGGCGUUUCGGUGGCGAUAGCUCUGGCCGAUAUGCAUGACUGUGGAUUGAAGAGGGAUGUGAAGAGAUUCAAAGGACAGCGUGAGGUUCAAAUUCUGAGGAAACAAACGUGUUUGGGCGAACCCAGAUCGCCUUUUAGGCUUUUCAUGGAAAACUUUAGGAAGGCCAGCAAGACUGGAAAUCCGAUUGAUGUUGAUCGAAUAGGAUUUGAAGCAUGGAAGAAAAUGUCAAUGGAGGAGAGGAAACCAUAUAUCAUUCAAGCUGAAAAAGUGAAUUCAGAACACCUGAAAAUCUUGCUCAAAGAAGAACAUGAUAGGGUAGAGGUAGACGACGAGGCGGAUUCAGCAAUGGUUGGGAAGUUUGAUAAGUUCUAUGGCUUCUAUGAAGACUCUGAAGAUUCAGAUAGCUUCCAAAGUUUUCGGUCUAAAACAAUCGAGAGCUUUAACACGUUCACUUGGGGCCCUUAUUAAAGAUCAAAAUCAUGGAUAUUUGAAGCCUUUGGUUUUUGUCAACAGUUCAAAUCCAGAGCUCUGGAAGAGCUUUCCCCACCACCUCUCCUCAAAAGCAAGUCAUUUGGCUGUUGUUCAUUUAUAGAGUACAGAAAGGUCUCAUAUUUUGUUUCUGAUGCUGUUAAUAUAUUUUCUGGGGACACUGCUGAUGAAGCAUUGCUCAUAUUCUCAUCAGAGUAAUCGAAAUCUUUUCUUGUGAAUUCAUCGGCAUGGAUUACUAGUUCCUGCUGGUUUUGAUGUAUGGGCUCAUUGAUUUAAUCAAAAUGCUCGGUUUGAACA